AUGACGUUGGAAAUACUUAUUUUAACUGUGUUCUGUUUCGCGGUCACACAAUCCAGUGGUCGACUAGAGAAGUUCAACACGACUUUCAUCAAGUCUUACGUGCGUUUCAACCCUGUAAUUUUCGGAGACCAGAUUAACACUAACAUCGUUUCACUAACCGAAGCACUUAAAAAUCCUCAGUCCGAAGAUUUGGAUGCCGUUGUUCUAGGAAAAGUUGGUCCAACCGUGAACGUAGACGAAGGUGA